AUGUUUGCCUCCAACUUCAACAACGACCUCACCCAAGAGACCGCCGGUCCGGGCACCAACACACGCAGCUCGUUCCACGCGCCGUCGUCUCGCCUGCCCCGCGACCUGUCAAGCUCUGCCACCCUGUCGCCGGAAUCUGGCCAUACUUUUCGCGAGGCAGACCAGUCGACCUUGGUCGGCAGCCCGGACCUGAGCCAUGCCCACUCCGUCGAGGGGCUCGACGCCAUCCCGGAUGAAGAAACGAACGAGGAGAACGUCAAGGCUCUGGCCCGCCAGUAUACCCAGCACUCUGUACACACCAGCUCCGACCAGAGCCCGUUCAAUGCAGAGCCUGGCUCCGCCCUCGACCCGGCCUCGGACAACUUCAAUGCGAGGGCCUGGAUGCGAGCCAUGUUUAAACUGCGCAACGAGGACAGCGACCGCUUCAUGGGCCGCACCGCUGGCGUGUGUUUCCGCAAUCUGAGCGCCUAUGGCUUCGGUACUGCCGCCGACUUUCAGAACACUGUCGGCAACGUGGGUAUGCAGAUCGUUGGCCUGGCUCGCAAGGUUAUCGGCACUGGCCAGCGUCGCAUAGACAUUUUGCGGAACUUUGAUGGCUUGGUCCAUGCCGGCGAGAUGCUCGUUGUUUUGGGCCCGCCCGGUUCUGGUUGCUCGACUUUUUUGAAAACAAUCGCCGGAGAAACCGCCGGUUUCUCCAUCGACGCCGACUCACAUGUCAAUUACCAGGGGAUCCCCUACAGCGAUAUGCACAAACACUUUCGUGGCGAGGCCAUAUACACUGCCGAACAGGAUGUGCAUUUCCCGCAGUUGACCGUCGGGGAUACCCUGUACUUCGCCGCCCGCGCCAGAGCCCCCAAGUUCAUCCCCGGUGGUGUCACUGCCACGCAGUAUGCUGAACACAUGCGUGACAUGAUCAUGGCCACCUUUGGCAUUCGCCACACCAUCAACACCCAAGUCGGUAACGAUUAUAUUCGAGGUGUUUCCGGUGGUGAACGGAAGCGAGUCAGUAUCGCCGAGGCUUGCCUCAGCGGCGCCCCCCUGCAAUGCUGGGAUAACUCCACUAGAGGUCUCGACAGUGCAAAUGCCAUUGAAUUCUGCAGGACCCUCCGUCUCGAAGCCGAAAUCUCAAAGGUAACCGCCGCCGUGGCCAUCUACCAGGCCCCACAGGCUGCAUACGAUGUUUUCGAUAAAGCCGCUGUCCUGUAUGAAGGCCGCCAGAUCUACUUUGGAGACGCCAAGAAGGCCAAGGAUUACUUCGUCAAGUUGGGUUUUGAGUGUGCCGACCGUCAAACAGAUGCCGAUUUCUUGACCUCUAUGACCAACCCCAAGGAGCGCAUUGUUCGUCAGGGCUGUGAAAACAUCGUCCCACGCACUCCCGAUGAAUUUGCUACCGCCUGGAAGAACAGUGACGAGCACAGGGCUCUCAUGCAAGAGAUUGACCAAUACGAGCGAGAACAUCCAAUCGGGGGUAACGAUUUACAGGCCUUUGAGCAAUCAAGAAAGUUGCAACAAUCCAAACACCAGCGCCUCCAUUCUCCCUAUACCCUUUCUUAUGGCGAACAAGUUUCUCUCUGUCUGUGGCGAGGUUUCAAACGAUUGAUCGCCGACCCAAGCUUGACAUUAUCAGCACUUAUUGGUAACUUCUGCAUGGCGUUGAUUAUUGCCUCCGUCUUCUACAACCUUCCUACCACUGCCGAAUCUUUCUUCUCCCGUGGUGCCCUUCUUUUCUACGCUACCUUGAUGAGUGCUUUCAGUUCUGCCCUCGAAAUUCUCAUCAUGUACGCCCAACGGCCGAUUGUCGAAAAACACACUCGCUACGCCCUUUACCAUGCCUCUUCCGAAGCCUUUGCAUCUGCAUUGACUGACAUGCCCUACAAAAUUCUCAACACGAUUACCUUUAAUUUACCUCUCUAUUUCAUGACGAACCUGCGUCGCGAGCCUGGUCCGUUUUUCUUCUACCUCUUGUUCGCUUUCAUCAUCACCCUCACCAUGAGUAUGAUUUUCCGGACCAUGGCCUCGGUUUCACGUACCCUAUCUCAAGCACUGGUGCCAGCCGCUUUGUUCAUUCUCGGCCUCGUUAUGUAUACUGGGUUUGCCAUUCCAACAACGUACAUGCUCGGUUGGUCCCGGUGGAUCAAUUACAUUGAUCCGGUCGCUUAUGGCUUCGAGUCGCUCAUGAUAAACGAAUUCACCAAGCGUACCUACCCUUGCACUACCGUCACACCCCCCUAUGGAUCAUUUCAACACGGUUUCUGCAAUGCUGUCGGUGCUGCACCCGGUGAGAACUUUGUUGACGGUGACGUUUACCUCAAGUCUGCCUACAACUACGUCGCAUCCCACCGAUGGAGAAACUUUGGUAUUCUGUGCGCCUUUAUGGUGUUCUUCUUUGCCGUCCACCUUCUCACCACCGAGUACAUCCAGGCCAAGAAGUCCAAGGGUGAGGUGCUAGUUUUCCGCCGCGGCCAUAUCCCCGAGGAAAUGAAGAAGGGUUUCACCGAUGAUCCUGAAGAUCUGAAUAUCCGCGACCCCGGCCCACGCAAGGACGAGGCAAGCGACCAUGACUCCACCAACUUCAUCCAGCGCCAGACUGCUAUUUUCCAGUGGCGCAACCUUUGCUACGACAUCAAGAUCAAGGGCGAACCCCGGCGCAUUCUAGACAACGUUGAUGGCUGGAUCAAGCCUGGUACCCUCACUGCUCUUAUGGGUGUCAGUGGUGCCGGUAAAACAACUCUUCUUGACGUUCUUGCCACGCGUGUGACCAUGGGUGUGAUCGGUGGCGAGAUUUUGGUUGAUGGUAAACAGCGUGAUGGCUCAUUCCAACGUAAGACCGGCUAUGUCCAACAGCAGGAUCUCCACCUUUCAACUUCUACAGUGCGCGAGGCUCUGAUGUUUAGUGCUAUCUUGCGCCAACCUGCUCAUGUGCCACGAAAAGAAAAGGCCGAUUAUGUGGAAGAGGUCAUCAAGCUGCUUGAAAUGGAACAAUAUGCAGAUGCCGUCGUCGGUGUGCCCGGAGAAGGUCUCAACGUCGAGCAACGCAAACGUCUUACAAUUGGUGUUGAGCUUGCUGCCAAGCCCCAGCUCCUGCUUUUCCUUGACGAACCUACCUCCGGUCUGGACUCACAAACAUCUUGGUCUAUCCUCAGUUUGUUGGAGAAGUUGAAGCAGAACGGACAGGCCAUUCUUUGCACCAUCCACCAGCCCUCCGCUAUUCUUUUCCAACGAUUUGACCGACUUCUCUUCCUUGCUCGAGGCGGACGAACAGUCUACUUUGGCGCCGUUGGAGAGUCUUCGCGAACAAUGAUUGAUUACUUUGAGAGAAACGGUGCACACAGCUGUCCUGCCGGCGCCAAUCCAGCAGAGUGGAUGCUCGAGGUCAUUGGCGCUGCUCCUGGCUCCCACACUGAAGUUGACUGGUUUGAGACAUGGCGAAACUCGCCCGAAUAUUAUGACGUGAUCGCUACGCUGGAUCAAAUGAAGGCUGAAAGGUCCAAAAUCUCAGCCGAGACGUCUGAGACAAACAAGGCCGACUACCAGGAAUUUGCUGCAUCAUUCUUCAUGCAAUAUCUCCAAGUGCAGAGGCGUGUCUUUGAGCAAUACUGGCGCACACCAAGUUACAUCUACUCCAAGAUCGCUCUCUGUGUUUUCACUGGUCUUUUUAUUGGAUUCUCUUUCUUCCACGCAGAAAAUACUCAACAAGGUCUUACCAAUCAGAUGUUCGGACUCUUCAUGUUGAUGACUAUCUUUGGUCAAUUGUGCCAGCAGAUCAUGCCAGUUUUUGUCUCGCAGCGGUCACUCUACGAAGUUCGUGAACGCCCCUCUAAGGCUUUCUCAUGGCAAGCUUUCAUCCUUUCAAACAUUGUCGCCGAAAUCCCCUGGAACUUUGUUUGCGCAACCCUUCUCUUCUUCUCUUGGUACUACCCCAUCGGUAUAUACCGCAACGCGGAGCCAACCAACAGUGUCACUGAACGAGGUGGUUUGAUGUGGAUGCUAGUUUUCCAAUUCUUGAUGUUCACCUCGACUUUUGCGCAUAUGAUUGUUGCUGGUAUUGAAACGGCUGAGACGGCGGGUAACAUUGCCAACUUACUCUUUGCUAUUACUUUGAUCUUUUGCGGUGUUCUUGCCGGCCCAAACGCCUUGCCGGGUUUCUGGAUUUUCAUGUACCGUGUCUCGCCAUUCACCUAUCUCAUCGGUGCGAUGCUCUCGGCCUCAGUUCGCGACACUACUGUCACUUGCGCUGCGAACGAAUACCACGCCUUCACUCCUCUACCUGGUCAAACAUGUUAUCAAUUCAUGGAGCCAUAUAUCGAACAAGUUGGCGGGUAUCUUGAGGCUAGCACCGUCAAUGCAACCGACAGUUGCUCCUACUGCUCCAUUCUGGAUACCAACAAGUUCUUGGAAGCAGAAUCGAUUAAAGCAACUGAUAUGUGGCGCGACUUCGGCAUCAUUUGGGCCUUCAUCGCGUUUAAUGUCGUGGGUGCCUUGGCUUUGUACUGGCUAGCGCGUGUCCCCAAGAAGAACGGGCGCAAGGUGGAGGAGCAGGCUUCUAGUCCUUCUUCUCCUGGCGAAACCACGCCUCCUGUGACCGGGACUGAGAAGGCUUAG